AUGCCAGCCAUGCUGCGGCGUUGUGUGGCAACUCGCGCUUCUGGGGCGAUGGUGCGGUUCUGUGGGACAUCGCUACGUGUGCCAAAGGCUCCGCCAGGCAGUGGGGACGUUUUCCAUGCUCAAAUGAUGCUGCCGAAGUACUCCCUCACCAACGAGAAGUGGUUCUUUCUGUUCUUCAUGUGCAACUUGGGCGCUUACUCAGGACACUACUUCUACCUCCAUUUCCUGAUGCCUGCAAAUCCUCCGAAUCCGCCUCGAGAUCCGGACCAGGUUCGACCUGAGAAGCAUAUGCACGCAGUCGAUGAUGACUAA